UAACAAAUAAACAAAUCGAUAAACAGCUAGCGAUAUGGCAGCACUGUACUGACCAACAGCUGUACACAGAGCGUCCGUCUUUACAAUUUUACCUGCAUUGUCAUCGAAUGCAAUCAUGAAAUUCAACGAAAAAAACUUGAACGCCUUUGCGAAAACGCCGCCAUUUGACAUGAAAGGUUUCCUCAACAAACGGGGCGAGGUCAACAAGGCUUUUCAGAGACGCUUCUUCAUUCUGAAAGGCAACUUGCUUUUUUAUUUUGAGUCGCUGGUUGACAAGGAUCCACUGGGACUUAUUAUUGUCGAGGGGUGCACCAUUGAGCUCUCAAACGAGGUGGAUAACUACUGCUUCGAAAUAGCCUUCAACUGCAACCGCACCUAUAUCUUCUCCGCCGACAACCAGGAAAGUAUGGAGACAUGGAUGAAGGUACUUACAUGCGCUGGAUAUGAAUACAAGCGCAUCAUCCUAGACGAGCUGAAGCGCCAGAUACACGAGAUGGAGGAUUCGAAAAACAUUUUUAAUUCUGCAGAAAAGCGUGCCAACACUUUUGGCAGAUUACCUAAUGACUGGGAGGCAGUAAGGCCCAGGCGUCCGCCUAGACGGACGAAUCCCUUUAACAGACCCGCACCUCCUUCCCCCAGUUCGUUGGGGGACGUUGUGAUGUCGCCCCUGCCAUUUAUCAAUGGAUACAUCGGCUCCAGUAAUGCCUGUACGCAGCAGGGAAAGUUAGAUGUCAAGCAAGAUGCUUACAGUAACGAAAGACCAAGUAGAACGCCCAGGGAACAGAGAUGCCCCACAGUCGCUACUGCUAUAACAACAAGAGUUUUUUACCAAGACGCAAAGAAAGAGCGACAGCGACGACGGAUUAAAGCGUUGAAUGAUUUUGCCCUUAAUCACGAACGCUUCCGAAAGGAACUAAUGGGCGACGUGUCAGCCUAUCGCGAACGCCUUACACAACCUCUUAUAAAAUUGUAAUGUUGGAAACCGCUUUUCCCAAAAAAUUCAAUGUAUUUUAUGUCUUGUGAAGAAUGUAAUCACGUUUGAAAUAAAGCAUGCGUGACCUAGUAAGCAUGGCGUUGACUAUUA